AUGAACAAGAAAAGUGCGAUGGAUGAGGGAAGUUCAAAGAAAAGAUAUAGGUUUCCUCUAGAAGACAAUGAAGAAUUUGUUUCAGAAGCCGAAGACACCAGAACGCAAGCAGCAACAACCAUUAUCACAACAACAGAUACUUCUAACUCUCAAAUUUCAACGGUUACCAUUACACAACAAUCAAGUUCACAAAAUAUCCAGCGAAAUAGGCGCCCAUUUUCUGAAGUAUGGGAUUACUUCGUUAAAGGAACUGAAAAAAACAACGGACACUAUGAGGCAACUUGUAGUUAUUAUGAUAUAUCAUGUUAUUGGCAUGAAAAGGUUGCUGAAAGGAAUAUAAAUUAUACUCGAAGAUCAAAAAAAAGCUGUGUCCUACCAAACUCCAUGCUACAAGCAACAAUAACAUCCCAUUAUAUGUCAGACCGUCCACUAUCAAAGACUAUUAAUAACCGUCUUGAUCAAAAAAUAAUCAAAGCCUGGAUACUUGCUGACCAUGGUGAAUCAAUUACUAAUACAGAAGUUAGUAAUUUGAUAUCUAAUGAAAGUUUUUUUACUACUUGUCGUUUUGUACGCUCAAAUCUUGGCCAUACUCGAUCAGAAGGUGAAGAAUUGAUUGCACAAUUGCGCCGUUUUGAGGCACGUUUGCCACCAUUUGACCUUCCCUAUGUUGCUAAUAUGGACACUCCAAAAAUUUGGUGGGUUAGCAGUGAAAAUUCGUUAGGUAGCAUAGUAUCCGAUCAUUCUACAACCCUAUUAAUUGAGGAUAUUGUUGAUUUGACAGUUGGAAACAAUUCUGAACAUUCGACAAAGACGGCCCAAACCAUUUCUCCUGCUGAUUUGGAUUAUAACCCUCUUGAUGUACUAAAUGGUUUUUUAGAACGUGAAAAUCAAAAUAAUAGUCAAUAA